AAAUAGGUGGGCCUUCCUCGCGCUGGCAAAGGCUCAAGCGACGGUCGGGGAAAGAGCGCGGCGAGGACGGGAGACGGCGAGCGGGAAAACAGAAAGAGAAAGAGAGAGAGUUGGAGAGAAAAGGGGAAAAAAGAAGCGACACUCGGCUUUGCCAGCGGUCGUAUGCGCUCGUCCAACAUUGAUUCGACUCUCCCUUUUUCCCCCCGUUCUGUGCUCUGCUCUCCCUGCCCCCACCCCCCACCCCACCCAGCCCACGGCCCGCGGCCCCUCUGUGUGUGUGUGAGUGUGUGUGUGUGUGUGCGACUCUUGCACCGGGCCCAGGGAUCAGAGCAGACACCACUACCAAAUAACUCCUUGCCAAGGAUUUUUUUGUCAAGGUUUUUUUUUUGGGCCGCGGGGGGGAUGCACAACGGAGCUUUUCAUUUUUAAGUGCAUCAUCUAUGUUGUCCUUUUUUUUUUAAUUCUCACAAUUCAAAUCCAGUUAAUAAUUGAAUUUUUUCUGGACAUUUUUGUUGUUGUUGUUGUUGUUGAUGUUUUUUUUUUUUUUUUUUUUGCUUUUGCCUAAUGACCUGCUGGCCAAGUUCCUAUUGCGGUGAAACCUGAACUUUUUCCUUCCUGAUUUUUUUUGUUGACAAAAUCUAACCCACUGCUUUUAGUAAGCAGCUUAUUCUGCUAAUUAUUUUUGACAUCCCAUCCAUUUUUUCCCUCUCCCCAUUAGUUCUCCACCCUUUGCCAAACCAGUACUCGCUUUUACAUUGGGGAGCGCAGGAGGAAAAAAAAAAUACUGUUGCAGGAGAUUUAGAAUUUUUUUUUUCACUUUAAGUGCUGUGCCAAAUUUAGGAUGAGAGUGCAAAAUGGAUGAAUUUCAUCCCUUCAUUGAGGCCCUCCUCCCCCAUGUCCGUGCCUUCUCGUACACCUGGUUCAACCUGCAAGCCCGUAAGCGCAAGUACUUCAAGAAGCAUGAAAAGAGGAUGACCAAGGAUGAGGAGCGCGCGGUGAAGGACGAGCUGCUGGGGGAGAAGCCCGAGAUCAAGCAGAAGUGGGCCUCGCGCCUGCUCGCCAAGCUACGCAAGGACAUCCGGCCCGAGUUCCGCGAGGACUUCGUGCUCACUAUCACGGGGAAGAAGGCGCCCUGCUGCGUGCUGUCCAAUCCCGACCAGAAAGGAAAGAUCCGCCGCAUCGACUGCCUCCGUCAGGCCGACAAGGUGUGGAGGCUGGACCUGGUGAUGGUCAUCCUGUUCAAAGGCAGCCCGCUGGAGAGCACGGACGGGGAGCGGCUGGUCAAGUCGCCCCAGUGCUCCAACCACGGCCUGUGCGUCCAGCCGCACCACAUCGGAGUGACGGUCAAGGAGCUGGACCUCUACCUGGCCUACUUUGUCCACACGCCAGAACAAUCGGGACAAUCGGACAACUCGAACCAGCAAGGAGAGACAGAUGUCAAGCCCCCGCCAAAUGGCCACUUGAGUUUCCAGGACUGCUUCGUGACUUCAGGGGUGUGGAACGUAGCCGAGCUGGUCCGCGUGUCACAGACCCCGGUAGCUACGGCGACCGGCCCCAGCUUCUCCCUGGCUGACCUGGACAGCCCCGGAUACUACAACAUCAACCAGGUCACUCUGGGACGGCGCUCCAUCACCUCCACUCCUUCCACCAGGACCGAAAUGGAGCUUUAUGCAAGUCUCCCACGGAGCUCCAACAAGCGCAAGUCCAUCGACGACAGCGAGAUGGAGAGCCCGGUGGACGACGUCUUCUACUCGGGCCGUUCGCCGGCGGCUGGCAGCAGCUCGCAGUCCAGCGGUUGGCCCAAUGAUGUAGAUGCAGUGCAGCACCAUUUGGCCAGUGUGCAGGAGAGGAAGAUUAAGCAUGAGAGCGAUGGAGUGCAGUUUCCUUACCAUGGACUGUCAUCGCCUGGUUCUCUUAAGAAGCCGGGGAAAUUCGAUUUCAGCGCCCUGUCCUCCCAGACGAGGUCCCCUCGCAUGGCGUUCACCCACCACCCACUGCCAAUGCUGGCGGGAGUGAGACCAGGGAGUCCUCGUGCUUCUGCGUCAGCCCUCCACUUCCCAUCUCCCUCCAUCAUCCAGCAGUCGAGCCCCUACUUCACCCACCCGACCAUCCGCUACCACCACCACCCCGGACAGGAUCCCUUGAAGGAGUUUGUGCAGUUUGUCUGCGCUGAUGGCCCGGGACAAGCCGGCGGACAGCCAAACGGGAGCGGCCAGAGCAAAAUGCCAGGCUCCUUCUUGCUGCCUCCACCUCCCCCAGUGGCCCGCCCAGUGCCCCUCCCUAUGCCCGACUCUAAACCCAACAGCACGCCCCCUGACGGCGGACUCUCAUCGCCCGCAUCUCCGUCAUACUCCACGGCAGGCACCGCAGCUCCCAACAGGUUUGUCGGCAUCGGAUCACGGGACAACAACUUUCUGAACAUCCCGCAGCAGACACAGUCUUGGUUCCUCUGACAAGAUCUGUGUGAAAACCAGCAACUCCAAUUCUUUCUUUACAAUCCCAAAUCGAUAAUUCUCCUCCAAUCAACAGAGCGACUGGCCAUUACAAAGGCAAUCUUACAAAGGCAAAACCCAACAAAGCACAGCAGGACAAUUCAGCAGCGUUUAGAGGAACUCUGGGCUCAUUGCAUUCAGUCAGAGGAGGGAGCCGUACGGGGCGAAGACGGCAAGACGGAAAGCCGAUCGGACGGACGAGAGGACGACGGGACGGCGAAGGGUAAGGCGGCGGCGAGCAGCUCGGGGCCACGCCUCCCGAAAAGAAGGCAGGAGGAUGCCGCGGACGAGAACGGCGUCAACUUCUUUGCGAGGACGCAGCGGCCUCAAAAAUUGAAGCAAAAGCCAUCGCGAAAUACUCAAUUCUGUUUCCAGUGAAAGCUGCAGUUCAGACUUCACCCAAAACGAGUCAAAUUGACCAAUGCGUCUCUCGAGGAAUGACCAGUGACUCGACAUAGGCCCCCUUCCGCCCUCCUACUAACUCACUAAAGAGACGCGAUGCCAAAACAUAGCUCGAAGGCUUUGCGCCCACAGGCCCAAUCAAUUCACAUGAAUCCUAUCGAUGUGCACUAUUUCCCUCCAAGCGGACUGGCCCGUUCCCAGUUUGGUUCAAGAGGAAAACGAGAAAAACAAGGCUGCCCGCGCGCGUCGUCAACAAUCGGGAAAAACACGAGCGCAGCAUUUGUAUACAUUUGAAAAAACACAUCGUGUAGUAUUUCGUGUAGGAGGCGUGAUGUGGAGUCACAAAGUACGCCCAGCGAACGGCGAUUCAUCGAUUAGCAAUCCAAACCGACACUGUCAAAUCAAAAAAGUGUGUACCGAUAUAGAUAGCGGCUAUUGGUUCCCCUCCCUUUGCCCUCUUGUCAUGUAGAUGAUUGCUUUUGGUAUCUCGUGCGUGUUCUUUUUAUUUCACUUCCUUUUGGAUUUGUACUAUUUUGUAAUUGUUUUGUAUUUGAAUGACAGCACCUUAUGAAGAAACACAGUAGGACGUCGAAGCAAGGUGGCGAAAGCCUCGCCCGCGGUCGCGUUUCCAAAACACAUUCAAACAUUUUGGGAGCGUUUCGCUUUCUUCCCGAGAGUUCGAAAGAACAUCGACGCCGUUCGUGUCGGUGUGGCAAACGUGGCAAACGUGGCAAACGUGGCGCUAGGGCCCUUUUUAGUUGAGCAGAAUUUGGGAACAAGGAGAAUUGUUAGCUUGGCCCUGAGCCUGCUAGCACCUGCGCAGCUCUCAUCUAAUCUCAUUUGUGGAAUCGAGCGUGAACAUGGCAAAUUGCCAUUUUACCGGCAAGGAAAUCCAACAAUUGUUUUCCGUUUGAGAGCGUCAGAGGCACAGACACGGAUUUUGUCACCUUUCAAACCAGUUGUUGCACUUUGAUGUGGACCGUGCAAACAUUUUUCUUCUUCAUGCCCCAAAACAAGUCAAUCGGCCACCACUAAUACAACUAGUGAUUGCGUUGCCAGACAAAUGUACACGGUUCACGCAAACACGUGUUUUAUUGUUCUGCUCUUAAGAUUAGGAAGAUGCUCAAAUGCCUUUGAAAAUAUUCAGUAAAUGUCGAAACGUUUCGUAAUUGCGACGACCGACCAUGACACAUGGCUUUAUAACUAAAUGUUGAGGAAUGAUCGGAUCAUGCUCAUCCCUAGUUUCAAAAAUCUUCGAUUUUUAUUCUUAUUCUUUUGUUUUUUUUCAACCCCUAAAAAGGAGUAUGAACUUCUUGCAAAAAUAAUGGCGCAAACUGUAAGAAUACAAAUGAGGUUUUGUGACAAUCCAAAGAAAACCUUUUGUGGAAAUGUGUUUGUUGAUGGUGGACAAAAGUGGCACUACUUGUACUUUUUGGACCACGUUAGGCGGGUGGUGUAAGAGAAACGGAACAGAAGGGACAGGUUGCUGAACAUGGGAAGGUUGCUCUUUUUCUGUCUCCCUAAAACGUUUACCCUGUUGUUUACACUCCCAGAUGGGCCGCUGCUCCAAGAGCGGAGGGAACCACGCUGCGGAGCAAAAUGAAUAUGUGACAUAUCGUUCUGUUCUCAGUCGCCAUGUGCCCACUUUUUUUUUUUUUUUUUUUUUUUUAAAAAGCUGAUUUCAAAAUGGGACGCGUAGGAUUAGUUUGUAGGUUAGGAAUGGUGGCUCUGGUCAUGUCUGCCCCUGUAUAUUGUGAAUUGAUGAGCCCUUAUUGAUCAAAAAUGCACUAAAACAAUCACGCCAGCCAAACUUUUCUAUCACCAAUUAAAAAUCAGUGUUCACACGCGUCUUAAAUGCUAACACACACACACACACACACACACACCCUGCCCAACGGAAAUCUAAGAGGGAAGUCUUAAAUGUGGACAAUCUGACGAGGCCUUUACGCUUGUAAUCCUUUUAUAUGAACGUCAUGAUAUUCCCAACGGUUGAUUUAGUCUCUGAUGGACGUCCGGAAUGUUCCAUUGAAAGCACCCACCCGCUCUCACAAAAUAACUGGACUGCCUGGCCGCGUUCCUCACUGCGGGGAAGCGCCGUAGUUGGCCAACCAUCUCAUAGAAAGCGACUUCUGCUGACUUCACGGUGGCUUCUCUCAUUUCUUUUCCAAUCUAAAGGAAGUGCCUCUGUAUUCCCAUUAUGCAAUUUGUCAAACAUGAAUUCAGGUUCUUUUUUCAUAAGCUAUAGUGAAUGGUGGAGGGAAAAAACUAUGUCAGGCGAGGGGGAGAGAACAGUUCACUAGAUAAUCGCAAGCAUCUUUAUAUAUAUAAUACACAUAUAUAUAUAUUUAUAGAUAUAUAAUUUUGUUUUUAUUUGCAAUAUAAGCUCAGUGGCAGUCUAGUUAUUUUUUGAAACAUGGCAGUCAGAAACGGCUGAUUGGAGCUAAGUAGCAGCCUCUCAAUUGCACAAAAUGGCAUGAUAGACGAGAAAAUCGAUGGCAAACACAGUAGUGACAAACAAUCGGAUCAUGUAGAUGAGUUGGAAAAAAAGAUCAGCUAAUGUUUAGUUGUUUUCUUUCUUGUUUUGAUGGGAAGCAUUGUUGUUGAAACGCAACGAUGUGUGUUGAUUGAGCCAUGUGCAAUGCCUUGGUAGAGGAUUUGUGUGUUUGCGAUUGUUUUAGGGUGUUGCGAGAAGAGACAGAGAGAAAAAUCUCUCUUCUUUUUUCAGUUGUUGUUAUUUGUGUUUCAAGUCCAUGUGCUCUGGGACUCUAAAUAUCAGAGUGGCGGGGGGGGGAAAAAAAAAAAAUCCAACUCUUUGUACGUACGGAAGGGGGGAAUUGUUUUGAACAUUUUGUGUUUUGGUUUUUUGGAAAAAAGAAAAACUUCCUCUAAUUAUUUGUUUUCAACAUGUGGGAGGGCUGAAGGAACAAUUUUGCAACUCACAAAAUAUAUAUUACGAUGACAACUGGUGCUUCCUCACAAAGAGUGUUACAGCCAUACUGAAAAGGAAAAACAUUGAUACCAUAAAGAUACGUUCAUAGAAAUCUGUUAAAUAAGCAUUCAAUAGAAUACAUUUUGCUCGAUGACAUUUGUGAUAUUAUGAGAAUUUAGGCACCGGUUUUGCCACAUCAACACCAUGAUCAGUAUGAGCAUGUAAUCCUUUGUACGAUCGUGUGUGUUUUUAACAAACAUACGUAUUGAUAUGACUCAGCGAGGCAGUCGUCAAGAGAGUGAGACUGUCACAUUCAAAUUUGGACUUUUUUUAAUUCUCAUAAUGUUAUAAAAACAAAUGUGAAUUCCAUUCAAUAGAAAUUUUGAAUUCCAUAAAGUUCCAUUUUUCAUUGAAACUUUAUUGUAAUCCGAGGGCUUUUAUUCUCGUCUGAUUACAACAUUUAUCUCAUCAUUUGAUGAUUGUAUUUUUCAGUGUGGCUGUGCUACUUCUUUGUGGUUUUCGGACUGAAGUACAGUCACUCUACUCUCGACCUACAUCCAUCGGUAAUAGUACACACGAUUACGAAAUGAUCGAAAAGAAAUUUUAGGAAAGCAUGGAUAAUUCUGUUUGUGGUUUUGUAUUUACCAAGAGGGGGCAUUGUUUGGAGAGAAAAAAAAGAAAAAAAAAAAAGGGUUGUAACAAAAGGCAUUUUUCCCCUCAUGAACUUUUGACAUCAUAUGGAUUGUAUCAUCUCAUAUCCAAUAUCCUAAUAUGGAACAAAGACAAGCUCUUCCCCAUUUGGGAGAUGCGCAAAAGAUUUGUUUUCUUGUCUGGGAAGAGUUCUGUCUCAUUUGGUGUACAAAUUCCGUCGGAAAUUUGAACCCCGCCCCCUCUCCCCCAUCACCCACUUGUAAAUGACUAUAAAUAUUUGUUUGGUGAAGUAGUAUUCUAGACUCAAAGCAUCUUCAAGGUUGUCCCUAAAAAAGUGCCUUUUGUUCACAGAUUCCAUCUUGUAUACUCCUGAGAUCCCAUCUCAAAAGGAAAAAUAAGUCCCCUCCUUCAUCCUUCUAUAUCCACUUGUUUCUCUUCUUCUCCUUUUUAAAGCAGUAUACAUUGUACUAAAGGCAAUUGGUGUGAUUUAGUUCCUGUUUUUAUUGUUGAAUAAUUAAAAAAAAAAAAAGCUGAAAAACACAGAAAACUGACAAAAAACAAGCUUCUCUUUCCUCUCUAUCUUGUCUUCUGUCUAUCUUGGACACUGGAGUAGUCUAUAGCUGCCCCUCAUCCUUUUUCCUUUUUCCUCUUUUCUCCGAAUGGUGGGGUUUUAAAAAAAAAUGUUUUCUUUGUUUGUUUGUUUGUUUGUGUUUUUUUUUUUGGUCUGAGCAGAAUGCAGUUAGCUCACAUGUUAUUCUUGUCUGUAUGCUUCACAUUGUAUUACCAUACCCAUCUUCUUCAGCUUCUCCAUUCAACCGCUAAUGUAAGUGAACAAGUUACACCAGGGGCUCUGGGCUGCGUUGAGGAUGGAGCGGGGCUGUCGUGGGUGGGGAGGCGGGAAGCAAUCAUAUUUGGGUUGGAACGAGGGAGAUGUGCUGUGGAACUGCUAGUAAAGGUAGAUUAGUUUGUAAUCUUUGUUUGUGUCUAUUUAUUUUUUAGGAUCACAUUUGGACUUGAUUACUGAUUUUUUUUGUUUCCAUUGCACCUGCAUAUCCUUGGCAGCGCUUAAAAUGCUGCACUCAAUUUUGCACCUUUCAAGUGGUUGAAUAAGAGCCACUUUAAAACAAAACCCUUUUAAAAAAAAAAAAAAAAAAAAAAAACCAAUUUUUUUUUAAAACGCACCUUAUAAACAGAACAGUUCCAUGGUGUUGAGGCUAAAAGGCUCAUUUAAGCACAAUCCAAAAAAAAAGUAACUCACUGCCUCACAAGAUGGAGUCUCUAAAUUAGCAGUGUGUUGCAGACGGAGAGACCGAAGUGAUGUGUACAGACUUUGGCAAGUGUAAGAAAAAGCACCUUGAAAACAUACCAGCAGCAGCAGUAUUAUCAAGCGCCGCAGUUGAGAAGCCAUAUUGGAGAGGGGCAGGUUGCACAGGUCAGUGGGGUUGCGGGAGGGGGCGGUUCUAGACACCCACCACCACAAGUGCUUCUCCUCCUCCUCCUCCUGCUCCUGCCUGCAAAGCAGUGUCCCAUCCUCAGACACACUUCCAAGAGCCCCUGGUGAAAUGCAUGUGUUAAAGUUUCUUUUCCAUAAUAAUGAUAAAAAAAAAAAAAACAGUUUGAAAAGAGCAACACUUGAUUGAAUAAAAGGAUGUUCUUAACUGUA